AUGCUGUACUUGAUAUAUGAACUAGGAAAAAGACCGGACACACAAGCGAAACUGGAAAAGGAGGUUCGUGACGCCUUUCCUGAGAAGAUGGUGUUUGCCGACCACGAAUCUGCCAACACUCUGCCCUAUGUCAACAGCGUGCUUCAGGAAGUCCUACGUCUACGAGGCCCUAUCCCGACCGCACUUUCUCGCGUGUCCCCGGGUAAGGUUAUCAGGGGCGAAUACACCCCGUCUGGUACCUGUUGUCAGCAAUAUGGCAAACGCCACGCAGCGCGAUCCCGAUGUAUUUCCCGAUCCUGA